AUGCGUUUCUGCAAUUCCAUUUUGAUAGGUCUGCUCUGCAGUGCCGGUAUCACUCUUGCGCAAACGCUGCCACCAUCCCCAACCGCCUCGGUAGACUGUGAGCCUCACGGAGAUCACUGGCACUGCGACGGGCCCGCCUCAACUGGGUCAAUCUCAUCCGGACCCUCCUCAAGCGGCGCUGCGUCUUCUGUUAGCAGCGCAGCUGCCCUACCACCUAGCCCAACUGCAUCCAAAGACUGCGAACCUCAUGGCGAUCACUGGCACUGCGAUGAACCAGAGUCAUCCCGAGCCCCCAACACUGGAGCGGCCAAAUCAACUGAGGCUAGUCACUCUGCUGGUGACGGGGAAUUGCCACCAAGCCCCACUGCCUCCGUUGGAUGCGAGCCUCAUGGAGACCACUGGCAUUGCGAUGGACCGGCUUCUGCUACAUCGGGGAGCGCAUCGACAUCUGGAUCUGCAUCGGCUGGCGCAUCGGCAGCGGGAGCUUCUGCCGCCCCGAAUAAUGGUGCGGCGGAUCGAUUUGGUGGCCUGGUAGCUGUUGCUGGCGGUUUUGCUGGUGCGGCGGCUUUUGUGCUGUUGUGAGGAGCUUUUGUGCCGCAUGGAAUAUGCGAUGAUUAAAUUAUGAACUUAGUUGUGAGGACCUUGCUUGUGGGUCUCCAAUGACGGAAGUAUUAUCCCAUUCAAGGAUCUCCAAAACAAAGGCCCAGCAUAGAAAGAUUCAUAGUCAUAUCUGCCGUUGAUGGUGGGGAGUGUAGGAAGAAUUUCAGUCUUGUUGCACGCGUCUGACUAGGGUCAGGGUUAAAUUUAAGUGCGAGCGAUUUU